UUGCUAUGCCCUGUGAAACAGGUAGUAGAGCUUGAUUGAAAUCAGAAAUACCUAAACAUAUGCAAUAAUUCACCUUUUGUAGCAGAACUUUAAAAGUGUGGCUUGUAAGGAUAAGUAGGAUAGUGGAGUCGAAUGACCUGCGUUCUAGUUCUGUUCUGACGCUUAGUGGGUUUUUAAUCAGUAGCAAGUCACUUAAAUCCCCAACUUUCCCCUCCUCCUCCCCCCCCCUCCCCCCCAGUCCUAGAAUCUUAAAUUUCUAGGAGGUAUUGAUCAGCAGGAGAGAGAAUUCCCAAACCGGGAGUUUUCUACAGUGAUGCAUCGCUGCUGUGGAUGAUGAUAACAAGGAAGGCGAUGACCGUAAUUCUGUGGAGACGCGGAGGCAGUUUAGUUCUCCGCGACCUCCCCCAUUCUGAUGUCGAUUGUUGGGGGUCCCAGGCUAUGCCAGAAGCGGGCUUUGUGAGAUUUUUACCAAAAGGGAAAAAGUAUGAGCAGGCUAUCCAUUAGUUUUCUAAGGACGAUCUUAGUUCCCUUUGGAAGAACUCAUUACAAGUGAUCACCUUAUUUGGCCACAAUUCAGAAAGACUUUCUCUACCAAAGAUAGGAGAAGCAGAUGACAAACCACUCGAAUAUCCUGGCCAAGAAAUCCCCCCGGACAGUGUUGUCAUGCUAUGAUCUGCACGAUCACGAAGAGUAGGACGGGACUUACCCACAACAAUCUUUAGAACCUGCACCAAAGGUGGACUGAUAUUGUAUAGCUUUGUAACUGGCCUCCCGGGGGACCCUUAAGUGAAUGAAGGAAGGCGCUAAGAGGACACCUGGGAAACAGACCAAAUAAGACCGGGCAUAGCAUGAAAUAAGACCUCCAUGAAUUGUAUUUGCAGGUGUUCUUGAGAAAAGUACAUGUGACUUGGGUGUGAGAAAGGACAUGAGUAGUCCAAGGACUUGGGGUUCUGCUGAUCAGAAUGAAACAAAUGUUGAAAGACUUUUCAAAUCUGUUAUUAGUGGUGCUCUGUGACUAUGUCCUUGGUGAAGCUGAGUACAUCUUCUUGGGACAGCUGGAUCAUGUAGCUUUAAGCAACAAGACAGUCUCUGUAGAUUUCCUGUAUUCUGAUGGAAAUAAUGCAACCAUGAGGAAUGUGUCUAUCCUGUUGCUGGAUGCCAGCAAAAAUCAGACCAUUGCCACCAAACACCUCCUGACCAACCAGUUCCAGGGCACUCUGGAGUUUGAGUGUUUCUAUUUCAGGGAGGCUGGUGACUACUGGUUUAUACUGAGCCCAGCAAAAAUGGACAAUAGCACAAGGGACUCCUGGCAAGAGAAGCAUGCCUUUCUGAAGGUGGAAUGGCCUGUGUUCCACAUUGAUUUCAAUCAGACAUCAAAGGCAACAGGAGAUACCUUGCAGGUGGGACUUUUUACAAAUCAACCACUAUGCUCUUUUACUACAGACAGACCGGACAUUUUGGUGGAACUCAUCUUCACUAACAGCAUCUCUGAGCUGAAAGAAAGUAGGGAUCAACCACUGGAAAUAAGAAUCAGCAAAAGGAUUAGCCUUGCUCCAGUUCAGUGGAUAGAGUUUGAUUGUGCUCCCAUUGGUCCCCAAGCCUAUGCCACUGUGUUACUGAAACUUCAAGAUACUUCUACAGUCAUUACCUCAACAGGACCCAUUGAUUUGGUCCAAAGAUUUGGCUACAAGCUGGUGACGUUGCCAGAACUAAAGUGUGAGUCCUUGGUGGAUGUGAUGAUAGUGCCUCCUCCAUGUACUUUUGCCCAAGGAAUGGUUACUGUCUACAAGGACACCACUAGGCAUUCUGGGGAAAGGCUUGGUUGGUUGGCUGAAAACAUCGUGCCCUUGGGAGCCAGCAAAACUGCAUUUAAUUGUACUUUGUUUGCUAUGGGGAAAAAUAAAUACUGCUUUGAGUUCAGCUUUUCAAGCAGAAGCCAUUUUUCCUCAGGGGAGAAUUGCAUGGUGAUUCAGAGAAAUAUAGAAACAUGGAGUUUGUGGCAGGCCUGGAACCCGUGCAGUGUAACAUGUGGUGAUGGCGUACGUGAUAGGCGGCGAACCUGUCUCACCUCCUCCCCCUCCAAGCCUGGUUGUGUUGGAACAUCUACAGAGACCUCCUUGUGUUCUUUGGAAGAGUGUUCUAGCUUCAAUCCUUCCAGCCCUUCUCCUGCCCAACCAAAGGGCCCCCUGAAGGCUAAUAACAUUGUGACUGUUACUGGGAUCUCUCUGUGUUUGUUCAUAAUUAUUGCCACUGUCCUCAUUACCCUCUGGAGGAAGUUUGGCCGCCCUCCCAAGUGCAGCACCCCAGCACGCCACAACUCAAUCCACUCCCCCAACUUCCGGAAGAACUCAGAUGAAGAGAACAUCUGUCAGCUGAGUGAGCAGAGGGGAAGCUUCUCUGAUGGGGACGAGGGAGCCCUGGGGAGCCCUGCGGAGAUCAGUAUCCCUUUGACCUAUCGGAGGAGCAUGCAGCUGACUCCAGAAGAAGAAGUCUCUGGCAGUGAGAGCUUCCAGUCCAGCGCCCAGAAGAUAAUCCCCCCUCUAUUUAGCUACCGCCUCGCACAAAAGCAGCUUAAAGAGAUGAAAAGGAAGGGUCUGACGGAAACAACCAAAGUGUACCAUGUGUCUCAGAGUCCUCUGACGGACACAGUCGUGGAGGGUGCUGCUGGUGCGGCCUUAGACCCAGAAGGACCAGAAGAAGCCUCAACAAACAAAUUUCGAAUCAAGUCCCCUUUUCUGGACCAGCCGUCCAUCAACGCCGGGGAAAGGACUCAUUCCAGGCUCGAUUUUAAUGUGUCUCUGACCAAUCCCGCAUUGAGCCCUAGCCAGACCCUCAUUCGCAAAUCACAACUGAAAUAUGUGGGCAGCAAAGGGGGCCAGUCUGAAAGGAGCUAUCCCCGGCACUCCCACUUCAGGAGAACUGCAAGUUUCCAUGAAACCAAGCAAGUCAGGCCCUUCAGGGAAAGGAGCAUGUCCACUCUGACCCCGCGACAAAUUCCAGCUUAUAGUGCCAGAACACGAACCUGGGACCAGGGAGAAGAUAGAUUUAGGGCUCGGGCUCGGGGAGCCUACCCAUGUCCAGAGAAGCUGGAGCAUCCCCAGGGUACCAGGAUAGUCACUGAACCACUAAGCCCUCUCUCCAAAUCCUACCCCAUGGGGCUUCCAGCCAGAAAACCCGACUUGAUCAAUGACCGUCCAGCAGGACUGGUGAAUGGCACCGAUAGAGUGGAACCCCACAGACACAAGAGGGGACCUUCACCGAGUCAUAAGAGUGUUUCAAGGAAACAGCCCUCCCCUACCACCCCCAAGGACAGCUACCAGAGGGGCAGUCCUUUGAGUCCUCCCCAGUACAGAAGAGACAAGUGUCAGAGCUUCCCAGCACACCCGGAAUAUGCUUUUUAUGACAAUACUUCUUUUGGCCUUACUGAACUAGAGCAAAGGAUGCUUGACCUGCCCGGGUAUUUUGGGUCAAAUGAAGAAGAUGAGACAACAAGCACACUGAGCAUAGAGAAGUUGGUAAUCUAAAGGAAGCAUAAGAACAAGGGCAGAACUGUAUGGGAUCCUGCCACUCUCCCAGGCUGUGUUCUCCCUCUCUGCUUUCAGCAUCAUUCCUUACACUGUCCUGGUACCACUUUUUGUACCACUGAACAGAGAAUGGGAAAGAAAUGAUCUAUGGGAUGUAUACUGUGUGUGUGUGUGUGUGUGUGUGUGUGUGUGUGUGUGUGUGAAAAACAGAGAGAACAAGAGCAAGAAAGAAAGGAAAGAAUGAAAGAGAAUGAAAGCAAGCAAGAUGGAAUGGAAUGAGAGCUAUAAUGAGAGAGGAGAGCAUAAGAAAAAGAAUGAGGGGAGAGAGAAAGAAAGAUUUGAGGAAAGGAGUUAUUUACCCUAAACUUGUCUCCAAUGUUAUCCUAUUACUAUUGGCUAAUGAAUAAUAAAGUAAUAAUAAUAGUUAACAGGGAUUGGUUUCUUUUGGGGUAUGCAGCAUGCUAAGAUCUGGCUCAGGAAGGUGAGCUUCUUGGGAAGCUUCACUGACAGCUUCCAACUUAAUGCCAACCCUUUGAGCCAUUCCUUGAGCCAUCAGUGCUCCAAAGGGGAGACCUUGGCAAUGGAAGGCUGAAUCAUAACGAAUACAUUUUUGCAGAAGGUUCAGGAAUCAGAUAACAUCAGGGAAAGCUUAUUUAACAUGCUCCAUAUAUAUGACAAGUACACUCAGGAUAAGGGAAUUUUUUGGAAGCCAAGUGAUUAGACUAGGAGUAAUUUGGCAUUUAAUGAGCUGCUACAGCAACAUGAUUCUUUGAGGUAUACAGGAGGAGCUAACAGAGUUUUGUGUGGAGCACAAAGCCCAGCUGGAUAGACACAUUCAGUUCUAGACUGGAGACAUAAAGCCUCAGGAUAGUUGUCCAGAGGGUGAGCCAAAUCUGGGUUUCUCCCAACAUUCAUUAUUGUCCGGGUCAUUUAAAAUAAAAUCUAAAAAAUGGAAAAA